GAAAUGUGUAUCAUAUGCAAACUUCACCUUGUAUUAUGAAGAGCGUCUGAACAGCACUCUGAUCAUCAGACUUGAAGCAGGCAUCAUUGUUUCCUACCCGUAUCAUUGGUCAGUUACAAGCUCCCAUAUACACCACAUUCCUCCGUAAUGCAGCGACUCCUCCAUCUUCUGUGUCUCGUUACUCUCGCGAGAUGUCAGAACUGUGUACUACAACCGCUGAAGAUUCAUUCUCAUGGUCGGACAUACAGGACACCAAUCACUGAGCUGGCGGAGGGCGCCCAUCAUGUCAGCAAAUGUGGAUUUGUAGUUGUGUGUUCGUCAAACAGAGUAUUUGUCUGUAGGCACCUGAAUGGCAAGAGAUGUGCCGAGGUUGUUCAGAACUGCACCACACUGACCCAGGCAGUCAAGGAUGGACCUUUCUGGUGUAUCACAGAGCAUCCGGGAACCAGAUUACCAUCAAUCCCUUCGUUUGUUGACCAGCUUCACAGACACAAACGGUCUUCAGAGACAACUACUUCUACAGAAGCUUUAAGGAAUGACUUUCAUACCACACAAGCUCCAACAACCACAACAACUGCAAUAACACCGCCAACUACUAAAAGAGCAACUACAACAACUACACGUAGAUCUACAACAACUACUACGACAACAACACCAGAAAGGACCACCCAUCCAGAAGAAUUUUCGACUACUACCACAGAAAGGGUUACUAGUACAGAAAAACCAACGACCACGACAACGACAACUCCAGAGAUGAGUCCAGAAGAAUUGUCGACUACUACCACAGAAGGGGUCUCUAGUACAGUAAGACCAACGACCACGACAACGACAACUCCAGAAAUUUGUCCAGAAGAAUUGUCGACUACUACCAUAGAAGGGGUUUCUAGUACAGAAAGACCAACGACCACGACAACGACAACUCCAGAAAUGAGUCCAGAAGAAUUGUCGACUACUACCACAGAAGGGGUUUCUAGUACAGAAAGACCAACGACCACGACAACGACAACUCCAGAAAUGAGUCCAGAAGAAUUGUCGACUACUACCACAGAAGGGGUUUCUAGUACAGAAAGACCAACGGCCAAGACAACGACAACUCCAGAAAUGAGUACAGGAGAACCUUCGACAACUAUUACCACUACCGAAGGUGUUUCUGGUACUGAAGGUCAUGUAGCAUGGUCUACAAUUCCAACUACAACCUACGAUACGAUGGCUACAGAUUCCUGGUGUCGGGAAGAAGAGGAAGCAACGGAAAAGUUAGCUACAGAAGAAAGAACCACAUCAAAAUCAAUACCUACUGCAAACUCAGGGGAAGCUUCAACAACAACCGAAGAAAGUAUGACGUUAACUACUAUACUUACAACGUCUGUCGCAGAGGAAACUACGACAACAACAGAAAAGAUCACAACUGUUGCAGUGCAUGUUAAUGAUGAAUCCACGACAACAGAAGAGUGGAGGAGGAUACGUGAAGGUGUUACAUCUAUUCCAGUCACGACAACAACAGCUAUAACACGUCCGUUAGGAAAAGGAAAGGGGCGAGGGUGGUCUGGGCAGGGUAGGGGAAGAGGGAGGCCAGGAUCAACCCUUGGAUCUCCGGUCUGGAAGGGUUGGGGAAGAAGGGGAUAUGGAUCUUUGAGAGUUCGACAGAAGAGAGGGAUAAAUUACAGUAAAACUCAUUUGAAAGUUGAUGAAGUGAAGAAGUCAGAUCGGAAAACCAAUGCGCAUCUAUUGAGAUGAAGAAACCCGGAGACAUUUCUAUUUAUCAAUAACAUAAGUUUGUUCACAUUUGUUUGAUUCAUUCGUUAGGUCUUUUUGUGUUGCUUUUUUAUCUGCUCUGAAAUCACAAGACCUAGUGUCAUCCUCCUCUGGUUGAAUGACGAGGGAGUAAUUUGGACCUGUUUUUAAAUAUCACCUUUAUGCUCUUCAUAACACUGACCUAAUUGGCUUCACAUACAUCAACAUAGUAUUUUUCUCAAUGUCUUCUUUGUAUACCAAUUAAAGAAUUCUUCUAUUUGUUUGG